AUGUAAAAUGCCAAAAUAAGUAUGCCUAUUGAAUAAAAAGUUUAAUUUUCUAAAAAUACAAUUUUUUUAUUAAAUUUGGAUAAGGUAAGCUAUUUAACUGUUAAUUAGGGAAUUACGGAAGAUUAUUUGUUUCACUAAUUUAAAUAAUUUGGGGACAUAGAUAGAAUAAAAAUCAAGAAAGAUAAGCAUACUAAUAAAUCAUAUGGAUAGGCUUUAAUUACAUUUUCAGAUGCCUCUUCAGCUAAUAAAGCAAGAUUAACUUUAGAUAAUUAGAAACUAAUAAAUAACAUUAUCAGAAUUAAACCUUAUUUUAAUAAAAAUGAUGCUGAGAAAAAUGCUAAUAUAUUUAUGAAAAAUCUUCCAAAUUCUGCUAAGGCUGAAGAAUUAGAAAUAGAAUUCUCUAAAUAUGGGAAUAUUCUUUCAAUAGAAAUUCGUAGAGAUUAAUAAGGGAAUUAUUUAAAGUAUAAUAAAUAUAUAUAUAUUCUAAAGUUAUGGAUAUGUCUAAUUUUAAUAAAAGGCAGAAGCUAAGCUUUUUCUUGAAUAAAUGAAUAAGAGUUUAUUUUAUUAUUAAGGGAAUUAAAUAUAAUUUGAAUUGUUUAAAUCACCAUAAGAAAGAACAAAAGAAUCAAAUGAAUUAUAUCUAAGAGGAUUUUCAUAACCAAUCCCUCAAAAUUUAUUUUAAAAUGAAAAAGUUAUAAUUGCUAUUGAAUAUGGAUGGUAACUUAUAAUAAAGGAUUAUUUUUCAAAAUUAUAAAAUACUUAUUUCUAAGAUUGCUAUGUAAAAAUUGAUAAGAACACAAGAUAACCUUGGGCUAUGAUACAAUUUGAAUUACCAGAAAAAGCAAAGGAAAAUUAUAAUAUCUGUGAAAACACUAGAAUUCAUCCAUGUAUUUAAUCAAAUAUACAUAAUGCAAUUCAAUUGAUUAAAGAAAAUCAUUAAAAACUAGGGAAUAUUUCAGAUAUUUAGCUAUCAUUAUAGGAAAUUAUUUCUAUUUAUGAAUUAAUAGCCGAUAAUAAAAUUGAUAUCUUCAGUGGAGCAAGUGAAAAUUUUUAUUUUAAUUUGAAAUAGAAUAUCCAAUAAAAUUUUGAAGAAAGGUAACUCUAUGUUUAAAAUAUUAAUGGCUACAUAAAUGAAAAUGAUAUGAAAGAGUUUUUAUCACAAUUUGGAAUAAUCAUAUCUUUAAUUAUGAAGUAAAGUAAAAAAAAAUUUUCAAAACUUUAAGAUUGUAUUGUUCUAUAUCAAACAGUUAAUGAUGCUAGAUGUGCAUUAUCAUAAAUUUAUGACAGAAGUAAUUCUUAAAAAGCAAAUCAUAUUUUUAAAAAUGGUUUGAUAAAAAUAUGUGUAUUCUUAUCAAAAAAUUUGAGAGAGGAAUAUUUAUAAAUUAAAAAAAAAAAGUUGUUAUAUAGACCUAUGAUUUAAAAUCAAUUCAUCCCAGAAUUAUAAAAACCUCACAAUUAUGAUAGAUAAAAUUAAUCUAAAUUAUAAUAAGUAGUUCCAAAUAUAUAAACUUAAAUAUAAAAAUUUCAUAGUAUAGAUAUAGUUAAAGCUUAAAUGUAAAAUUUCUUAAGUUUAUCAGAAUCAGAUUAAAGAAAUAUAUUAGGAGCAUUAUUAUUUCAUGAAGUACUGAAGGUUGUUAAGGAUUAAAAUACAAUAAGACAUAUAGUAGGUAUACUUUAUUUUAAUAAACAUAGGAAUGAUUAUUGAUCCUACUUAAUUUGAAAUAUCAGAUAUAUUUGAUUUGUUUGAUAAUGAUGAAGAGUUAUAAGAGAUUAUUUAGUAGGGACUUUAACUUGUUAAAGAUCAUCAAAAUUGA